AUGAAUACGACCGCCGCGGCGAAACCGUCCCCGGCCGAGCUCGAGCAGCGCAUUGCGGCAAUCCCCAUCGAUCGCUUCCGCAACUUUUGCAUCGUCGCCCACAUCGACCAUGGCAAGUCGACUCUAUCGGACCGCCUGCUCGAGAUCACCGGCACAAUCAGCUCCUCCUCGGCGAACCGGCAGAUCCUCGACACCCUCGAGGUCGAGCGUGAGCGCGGCAUCACGGUCAAAGCCCAGACGUGCACCAUGAUCUACAACCACAACGGGCUUGACUACCUGUUGCACCUGGUCGACACGCCGGGCCACGUCGACUUCCGCGCCGAGGUCACUCGGUCGUAUGCCAGUUGCGGCGGGGCGUUGCUGCUGGUCGACGCCAGCCAAGGGAUCCAGGCGCAGACCGUUGCCAACUUCUACCUCGCCUUUGCCGAGGGCCUCAAGAUCAUCCCGGUCGUCAACAAGAUCGACAUGUCGGCCGCCGACGUGCCCCGCGUGCUGGACCAGCUCGAGUCGACCUUUGAGCUCGACGCGAGCAAUGCGAUCGGGGUGAGCGCCAAAACGGGGCUCAACGUCAAGGACCUGCUGCCCGCGAUCGUCGAGGGCAUCCCCGCACCGACAGGGGACGAGAAGAAGCCGCUCAAGCUGCUCCUCGUGGACUCGUGGUACGACAACUUCCGCGGCGUCGUGUGCCUCGUGCGCAUCUUCGAAGGCACGGUCCGGGCGGGCGACAACAUUGUCAGCUUCGCCACGGGCAACAAGUACACCGUUGGCGAAGUGGGCAUCCGGUACCCGACGCAGGUGCCGCAGUCGACCCUGCGCGCGGGCCAGGUCGGCUAUGUCUUUUUCAACCCGGGCAUGAAGAAGAUCCAGGACGCCAAGAUUGGCGACACGUUCACGACAGUCGGCAGCGAGGGCGUGGUGGAGCCGUACCCGGGCUUUGAGGAGCCCAAGCCCAUGGUGUUUGUGGCCGCGUUCCCCACGGACCCGUCAGACUACAGCAAGCUCGCCGACAGCAUCGGGCAGCUUGUCCUCAACGACCGCAGCGUCACCAUGUACAAGGACCACUCGGAAGCGCUGGGCGCGGGCUGGCGGCUCGGGUUCCUGGGCAGCUUGCACUGCUCGGUUUUCCAGGACCGGCUGCGCCAGGAGCACGGCGCGAGCAUCAUCAUCACGGAGCCCGCGGUGCAGACCAAGGUCCGCUGGCGCGACGGGCGCGAGGAGGUCCUGCAGAGCCCCGCGGACUUCCCGGACAGCGACGACUCGUCCCGGGUGCACGGGGCGACGUACUUUGAGCCGUACGUGCUCGCCACGAUGACAAUGCCCGAGGAGUACAUUGGGCGGGCGAUCGAACUGUGCGAGUCGUACCGCGGGGAGCAGGAGAGCCUGGAGAUCUUCCACGGGAUGCAGGUUAUUCUCAAGUACCACAUGCCGACGGCCUCGCUGGUCGACGACCUGUUUGGCAAGCUCAAGGCCGCGACCAAGGGCUACGCGACGCUCGACUACGAGGACGCGGGGUGGCGCGAGAGCAAACUGGUCAAGCUGCAGCUGCUGGUCAACAAGCAGCCCGUGGACGCGAUCGCGCGGGUGGUGCACCUGUCGCAGGUGGACCGGCUGGGGCGGGCGUGGGUCGAGCGGUUCAAGGAGCACGUCAAGCGGCAGAUGUUUGAAGUGGUAAUCCAGGCCGCGGUGGGCAAGAAGAUUGUGGCGCGCGAGACGCUCAAGGCGUUCAGGAAGGACGUGCUGGCCAAGCUGCACGCCAGCGACAUUACGCGCCGGCGCAAGCUGCUGGACAAGCAAAAGGAGGGCCGCAAGAAGCUGCGGUCCGUGGGCAACGUGGUGAUUGAGCAGGAGGCGUUCCAGAAGUUCCUGUCCAAGUGA